AUGCGGCGGCGGCGGGUGCUGCUGCUGCUGGCGCUGGGCCUGGUUGUGGUGGUGCUGGACGCGGCGUACGGGCAGCACCGCGCCGACUACGACCGGGAGGCGCUGCUCGGCGGACAGGAGGAGGCGGAGGAGUACGCGCGGCUCAGCCCGGAAGAGCAGCAUCGGCGGCUCAGAGCCAUUGUGAAGAAGAUCGACUCGGACGCGGACGGGCUCCUCACCAAGGAUGAGCUGAGUUCCUGGAUACAGCAGUCUUUUAAACAUUAUGUUACACAAGAAGCUAAGCAACACUUCAACGACUAUGACAAAGAUGGUGAUGGAUUAGUGUCUUGGAAGGAGUAUAAUAUGCAAAUGUAUGAUCGUGUAAUUGAUUUUGAUGAGAACACUGUCCUGGAGGAUCAAGAGGAAGAAUCAUUUCGGCAGCUUCAUUUAAAGGAGAAAAAGCGUUUUGAAAAAGCUAAUAGAGAUGAUGUUCCUGCUCUAAAUGUGGAUGAAUUUGUUGCUUUUGAACACCCUGAAGAAGCAGAGUAUAUGACGGACUUUGUCAUUCAGGAGGCUUUAGAAGAACAUGAUAAAGAUGGAGAUGGAUUUGUUAGCCUGGAUGAAUUCCUUGGUGAUUACAGAAGAGACCCAACUGCAAGGGAAGACCCAGAAUGGAUACUUGUUGAGAAGGAUCGGUUUGUGAAUGACUAUGACAAGGAUAGUGAUGGGAAACUCAACCCUCAAGAGCUGCUGUCUUGGAUAGUCCCUAAUAACCAGGGUAUUGCACAAGAGGAGGCUGUUCACCUUAUUGAAGAAAUGGAUUCGAAUGAUGAUAAAAAGCUUUCUGAAGCAGAAAUUCUUAAGAACCAAGAUUUGUUUCUUAACAGUGAAGCAACGGAUUAUGGUAGGCAGCUUCAUGAUGAACGUUUCUACCAUGAAGAACUUUAG